AAUUUGCCUCACAACCAUUUUCAUGUUUUUUUGUGUGUGUAAUUAUCGCGACAUAACCUCACUUCACGUCCAUCCUAAUCGUUUUGUGUCAUGAGCAUAAUCACCCUAUUUUAUGGUCAAUGUGGCAGCCAAAUUAGCGAAGCUUUCUAUAACAACCUGCACACGGAAAUUUGCGACUCAAAGAAAGACGAUUAUUACUCCCAGUCAGUGGACAGCUGGUUCCAUGUAACUAAGAGCAAUAAGUUGGUUCCUCGGUCGCUUUUAAUCGACACUGAACGCAAAACUAAGCCCCGGAAUGUCCGGUAUCAGCUCAAAAAUGUCGUGUCGAAGUCGUGUGGGGGCUCGGCUAACAACUGGGCGUUUGGAUAUUGCGAACAAAGCAAAUUGUUGACGGGUGAAGUGGAAGAACAAGUGAGGAAAGAGUUGGAACGAAGCAACCAGCAAGUUAGGUUUUUAAAUAUAUUUAGUUUGUCGGGGGGGACAGGUGCCGGGGUUGGUAGUGCCAUAAACGAAUUUUUAAAAAAUGAAUUCCCUAACAAAAUAAUAAAUGGGGUUGUUUUACCAUACAGUAGUGGCGAACUAGUCACCCAAAGUUACAAUACUCUGUUGGCUUUGUCAAAGGUUUAUUCAACCAGUGAUGCCAUUAUACUUUUUGAGAAUGACAGACUGCAUCAUACUUGUACUAACUCUCUAAAUAUAAAAGAUGUGACGUUUGAUGACAUAAAUAAUUUAAUUGCGCGACAGUUGCUCACAGUUUUGCAACCACUGAAAGAUGUACAGACCGGUGAUUUACUUUGUAAUUUGUGUGACGAUCCGUUGUUUAAAUUGCUGCAAAUAAAACUAGCGCCGUUGUCAAAACUCGAAAACGCUUCUAAUUGGCGGUCGCUUUUGACGUCAAUUUCACGACAGUCGCGCUACGAUUUUCAACAAAAAACUCAAGCUAAUGUUACCUUAAAACUUAAGGGGGUGUCCUCAGCUCUGGUGUGUCGUGGACUGUACAGUCCCGUGGAAACCGACUUUAAACCCUUCAAGGACUCCAGUGUUGCCAAAACUGUACAUAUUUACCACCAGAGAAGGAAAAUUUUUAACUUAGACAACUGUCUGUCCGUCGUUUCUAAUAGCAACAACGCUUUUGUCUCGUUAUACACGAUAUUACAAGACGCCUGGAAUCUCUACAAAUAUGGCGCCUACAUGCACCAUUAUAAGAAAUUCGGGGUCGAUGAAGCUCAUUUUAAAUCUAGUUUCGAAAUUGUUGAAAAUGUUUUACAAAACUAUAAACACUUGUGAUUGAAUUUUACUAUUGUAACUUUAAUAAAUUUUUAUUGUUG